AUGGUAGUAUUAGCAGAUGGUAGCACUAAGUGGUUAAAAGACACUCAAGUUGGUGAGUUUAUUUGGACUAUGCCCUCCGAUGGAACGCAAAUAUAUUUAACUGAAGUGAUGAUGAUAGCAAAUACUCAACGAAACACAACUGCACUUUUCUAUACAAUUGAAACGGAAACUAGUCAUAAAUUGAGUCUUUCACCUGAUCAUUUAAUUCGUGUGAAGCAUUUUGAUUAUUUACCAGCAGAACAAUUGACUUUGAAUCAUUCUCUUUUUGUUGUGAUGAAGGACGGUUCUAUUCAUUCAUCACGUAUUCGUACAAUAAAUCAGGAAUACAAAACUGGUGUUUAUAAUUUGUUUACACUCGAUGGAACAGCACUUGUUAAUUAUAUUGCUGCUUCUAUAAUACAUAUAUUAAUGGUGGAUUUGGAUCGCAUCAUAUGA